AUGUCGGUCUAUCUCCAAAAAUCUAUCAUCUGUAAGUUAUUUCUGUCUUUGUCUCGUCUUUUCUUUUGCUCUUAUCUUUCUAUCUAUCUCAGUGAAUCUCCUCAUCGGCGUCUUAUCGUUUCCUUUCAACAUAUCUAUCUGUCAGCUUUGUGCCUAUCUCAGUCCCUGUUUCCCUCUCUUAAUUUCACAAUUCCUCUAUCCCCCUAUACCAAUGAAAAUCAGUCUAUCUAUCUAUCUAUCUAUCUAUCUAUCUAUCUCUCUAUCUAUCUAUCCUCAAUUCUUUCUCAUUGUAUUAAUAUCUAUCUCUAUCUCUUUCCUUGUCUCUAUCUUUCUAUCUAUCUAGUGUAUCCUUCUAUCUAUCUAAAACAUCUAUCUAUGUCAUUUUUAUCUAUCUUCUAUCUAUCUAUCUAUCUAUCUAUCUAUCUAUCUAUGUCAUUCUAUUCUAUCUAUCUCCGUUUUUAUCAUAUCUAUCUAUCUAUCUAUUAUCUAUAUCUUUCUAUCUGUUCUAUCUAUCUAUCUAUCUAUCUAUCUCAUCUAUCUCAUCUAUCUAUCUAUCCUAUCUAUCUAUCUAUCUAUCUAUCUAUCUCAUCUGUUAUCUGUCUUCUAUGUAUCUAUUUAUCUAUCUAUCUCAUAUUUAUCUAUUAUAUCUAUCUAUCUAUCUAUCUAUAUAUAUAUCUAUCUAUCUAUCUAUCUAUGUCAUUCUAUCUAUUAUCCAAUCUAGCUCAUUUUUUCCAUCUAUCUAUCUAUCUAUCAUAUCUAUCUCAAAUCUAUUGUCUAUUUAUCUCUGUCUAUUUUUCUCAUCUAGGUUCAUAUCUUAAUAUAUAUAUCUAUCUCAAUCUAUUCUUGUCUGUCUCUCUAUCUAUAUAUCUAUAUAUAUAUCUAUAUAUCUGUCUAUCUAUCUAUUCUAUCUAUCUAUCUAACUUAACUAUCUAUCUAUCUCUAUCUAUCUAUCUAUCUCAAUCUGUUUCUAUAUCUCUGUCUAUCUCUCUUCUGUUCUUGUCUAUCUGUCUAUCUAACUAUCUAUCUAUCUCAGUCUAUUCUCGUCUGUCUAUCUCACUAUCUGAUCUAUCUAUCUCAUCUAUUUAUCUAUCUAUUUAUUCAUCUUAUCUAUCUAUCUAUCUAUCUAUCAUUCUUCCCUUUCUCAGUCUCAAUAUCUAUCUAUCUAUCUAUCUAUUUCUAUUUUCUGAUCAUUCUAUCUAUCUAUCUUUCUAUUUAUCUCUCUCAGUCUAUCUAUCUAUCUAUCUAUCUAUCUAUCUAUUUAUCUAUCUAUCUAAAUAUCUGUUUAUAUCUCUAUCUUCUUUUCUAUCUAUCUAUUUUUUUCUAUCUAUCUAUCUUUUUAGCUAUAGUAUCUAUCAAUUCAGUUUUUCAUUGUUCAAAAUCUAUCUAUCUAUCUUUCUAUCUAUCUAUCUAUUCUCUAUCUAUCUAUCUAUCUUCUAUCUUGUCUAUCUAUCUAUCUAUUCAUUUCUUUCUAUUUCAGUCUAUUCUCUCUAUAUAUAUAUAUCUUUCUUUCUGUCUAUCUAUCUUAUAUCUAUCUAUCUAUCUAUUUUUAUUUUUUUCAUAAUUAUCUCAUUUCUCUAUUCUAUCUAA